AUGGAGCCGCUGUUCACCGGUGUCUCGAAUAAUGCCCACCACCUCUACACUCUGCUCUCCUGCGUUGGCUUUGCUUCAAAAGCAACCGUCCAGAUUACUCCGGAUGGUCUGCGUUUCUCUGCGGAGGAAGGCCGCGUCGUCCAAGGAUUAGCCUUCCUCGACAAAUCUCUUUUUACCAGCUAUACCUUCAAACCGUCGACCGAGCGCAGCACUCAAGCUGAAGAAUUCAACCAAAAUGCAGACUCAUCGGACGAGGUGGAAUAUCCCCACUUUGUCAUCUCUCUUUCCGCUCUCCUUGAAACACUGAAGAUCUUCGGCAUCAACGACCUGAUGGAGCCCAAUGGCUCCAGAGACACCAACCUCCCGCAAAUCAAACCGGCCUCAAGUGCGUUCAAUGCGCCGGCCUUGCUUAUGGACCGAUCCUGUACCCUCCAGUAUACGCAACAUGGUGCCCCUCUCAGCAUCGCCAUCACGGAAGCGGGAGUAAAGACGACUUGCGAGCUAGUGACCUACGAAUCAGGUGAUGCGGAAACCGACAUACCGUUACAACGUGAUGCUAUUAUCAUGAAGAUCAUCAUGCGUUCCGCCUGGCUGCAUAAUGCCAUUGCUGAACUCGACUCAUCCACUCCCACCAUUCUCAAGAUAUCAGCCUGCGCCAAGCGGGAGCCGUACUUUGCUCUCUCAGGUGCUGGCGGGCCAUUCAGCGAGUCCACUGUUGAGUUCUCUGUUGACCAACACAGUGAAAACGUUGGCGGCGCUACUCAAGGAGACCAGGCGUCACAAGCUCAUAAUAUUCUCACGAAUGAUGGAACUUCGCGACCACGCGCAACCAGGAGAAAAGCAGCACCGACCGUGACAGAAACUUUUCAAGUAUCCCCGCCAUCUUCUAUGGGUGAGCGAAUUCAACAGAGCUAUCGCUUUGCACUCAUCCGGAAGGCGGCCCGCGCCAUGGCUGUUGCCAACAAAGUCAGCAUUCGGGGCGAUCAGCAAGGUGUACUAAGCUUGCAAUUCAUGGUCGAUCUAGAUGACAAUACCUCAACUGGCAGAUCUGUUGGUGCUGGAGUAAGGGCACCAGCGGGCCCAAGAUGUUUCGUGGAUUUCCGUUUUGUGCCCCUUCUUGACGAAGAGGAGGCUGAAAUGGACGUGCAAGAUGAUGAGGAAUAG